AGAAAUAGAGUAAUAAAUAUUUAUCGAUACUUCCAAGCUUUCGGCCGAUUGAGAAGAAACAAACCACCGAUUAAACAAGUCUCUGCGAGUGAGUGUUCAAUCGAUAAAAAAAAUGAAAAUCUAUCACAUUCCUUGCCUCGAAGACAAUUAUUCCUAUCUAAUCGUGAAUGAGAGUACCAAAGAAGCUGCCGCUGUGGACCCUGUUGAACCCGAGAAGGUUCUCGAAGCUUCCAAUUCAUAUGGCCUAACUCUCAAAUUCGUUCUCACUACUCAUCAUCACUGGGAUCAUGCUGGUGGAAAUGACAAGAUAAAGGAAUUGGUGCCUGGAAUCAAGGUGUACGGUGGUUCACUUGAUAAUGUAAAGGGUUGCACUGAUGCAGUUGAAAAUGGUGAUAAGGUGCAUCUUGGAGCUGAUAUUACUGUUUUGGCACUUCACACACCUUGCCACACCAAAGGUCACAUAAGUUAUUAUGUUACUGGCAAAGAGGACGAGGAUCCGGCUGUUUUUACUGGAGAUACAUUGUUUAUUGCUGGUUGUGGGAAAUUUUUUGAAGGAACUGCAGAACAAAUGUAUCAAUCACUCAAUGUGACAUUAGGUUCAUUACCAAAGCCAACUCGAGUUUACUGUGGCCAUGAGUACACGGCGAAGAACUUGCAAUUUGCUUUGACAGUUGAGCCCGACAAUUUGAAGAUACUGCAAAAAUUAACCUGGGCUCAAAAUCAGCGGCAAGUUGGCCAACCAACAAUUCCCUCAACCAUUGAAGACGAGCUGGAAACCAAUCCGUUUAUGAGGGUUGAUCUACAUGCAAUCCAGGAAAAGAUGGGGAGCAAAUCACCUGUUCAAGCUUUAGGAGAAUUAAGGAAGUUGAAAGACAACUGGAAGGGCUGAUGAAACUAGUCUUCUCAUUCACUCUUAUUUCAAUUUCUCUUUUGUUGCAUCCAUAUUAAUAAGGCCUAUAUGUAUAUACUGUAACAGUUUGGUUUGCCAGAUAUUAAAAUGGCAGUGUCAAAAGCUUGUCAUGUUAGGGACAUGGAUUGUGAUUAGCACUGUCGCGUACAGGUAUGUUAAUGUUGGUUUGUCCGUCUUAGUAUGUUACUGUUGGUUUGUCCAUGUACUAAGAUGUUCCAUUUCACUCACGUUAUUUACUUGUGAACUUAAAAUCAAUUAUUUUCUCCUCUCUA